AAUAAAUAUAUUCCAAUAAUCAGCAUAUAUAAUUGUUAUGAAUAUUAGGAUGAAGUUGUAAUUGUAAUAUUGGCAGCCUCAAUUUGAGGAGAAAUAGUAUCAAUAAUAAUUUUAUUAGGAACUCCUGAAUUACAUCUUUCUAGUUUAGAAUCCCAAUAACAUUAAGAUGUAGAGCUUUCCCUAGCUUCACAACCUUUUUGAUCCAGUUUUGCACAAAUAAUUAAGCACUACUUUUAUUCUGAAUUCCAAAUACAUUUGUCGGGAAACAAAGCUAAAAAUAUUAAUCUAUUCAAUACCACAUGAGCUCUCUACAUAUUAAUAACAUUGAACAGAAUUGCAUUUAUUGUUACUAUAAUAGCAAUUACCACUAUAUUUUGAGCAAUCGCAUUUAUCUACAAUAUCUUCACAUCUCAUACAUUGGAAAUCUUAAGACAGUAUACAGACAUAAUUGCUAAUUUCAGUACCUACACAAUUGAUUUUACUUGAUCCCAAAGGUCUAAAUAUAAUUGAUUAUAAUACUUGCAUUAAUUAUGAG